AUGUUUCUCUCGUUCCUCUUCACGCCUUGGGCGCUGCUCGCGCUCCCGAUCCUCUACUACGUCCUGCCAUACAUCAGGAACUGGUCCAUUCAAGACGUACCCGGCCCUUUCCUCGCAAAGUUCACCAACCUCUGGUAUCUAUACGAGUGUCGGCGAUGCAGGCGGUACCUCACAGUCUUCGAGCUGCACAAGAAAUUCGGCAAAUUCGUCAGAGUACAACCUCACCACGUCUCGGUGGCGGAUCCGGAGGCGAUCCCAAUUGUGUAUGGCCACGGUACAGGGUUCCUGAAGUCGGAGUAUUACGAUGCUUUUGUGGCGAUUCAUCGUGGUCUGUUCAAUACUAGAGAUCGCGCUGAGCAUACCAGGAAGCGCAAGACUGUUAGCCAUACUUUCAGUGCGAAGAGUGUGGGCCACUUCGAGCAGUAUAUCCACCACAACCUGGAACUUCUGGCGCAGAGAUGGGACGAGCUGGCGAAGAAGACUGGUAGCAACAAGUAUACUGAGUUCGAUGCGCUGCACUGGUUCAACUAUGUGGCGUUCGAUAUCAUAGGUGAUCUCGCCUUUGGUGCUCCAUUUGGUAUGCUGGAGAAGGGUGCCGAUAUUGCUGAGGUCCAGCUUACGCCAGAUGCUCCGAAGACGUAUGCCCCAGCCAUCGAGGUGCUCAACCGCCGAGGAGAAGUGUCGAAUGCUGUUGGUUGUAUGCCAUGGAUCAAGCCAUAUGCUAAGCACUUCCCGGAUCCAUUCUUCAGCAAGGGUAUGGCAGCCAUCGCAAACUUGUCUGGUAUCGCCACAGCUCGCGUCAACCAGCGAUUGGAAGCUGCCGAGAAGGGGGAAAUCCAUCGUGUGGAUCUUCUGGCCAGACUUAUGGAAGGCAAGGACGAGAAUGGCAACAAGCUGGGCAAAGCAGAACUCACCGCUGAGGCUUUGACACAGCUUAUUGCUGGCUCCGAUACGACUUCUAACACCUCCUGCGCUCUUCUGUAUCACUGCCUCAAGCACCCGAAUGUGGUCAAGAAGCUCCAAGAUGAGCUCGACCAGGCACUGCCCAGCCCAGACGUGCCCAGCUAUGAGCAGGUCAAGGACCUUAAGUACCUCGAUAUGGUUAUCCAGGAGACGCUCCGUAUCCACAGCACAUCCAGCCAAGGUCUUCCUCGUACCGUCCCUCCCGGCGAUGGUGUGACUGUCGCCGGUCGCCACUUCCCUCAAGGUGUCGUGCUCAGCGUGCCGGCGUAUGCCAUGCACCACAGCACCGAGAUCUGGGGACCGGAUGCCGAGGAGUUCAGGCCGGAGCGGUGGGAGAAGCUCACUGAGAUGCAGAAGUUGGCGUUCAUUCCGUUCAGCUAUGGGCCGCGCGCGUGUGUGGGCAGGAACGUGGCUGAGAUGGAGCUGGCGCUGAUCGUGUCGACUGUGUUCCGCCGAUCAUGUAUCUUACCGACACCUCCUGCAGCAUCACUUGUCCGCGCGCGCUCGUUGAGCAUGGACAUUUCCGCCUUCGAGGCAUCGGCCUCUGGGGGUGGCGAUGAGCCUGAGCUCAAGGAUGUCUUCCUCCUGUUGGACGAUGAUCUGCGGGUUCCGAUCAAGGCCGUCAUCGUCAUCGUCAAGCAUGUCGGCAGACUCUUCAUCUUCGUCUUCGCACUGGGCAUGUGUGUCGUCGUCUACUGCUUCGCGGUGUCGUGGGUAUGCAUGUUCUGGCUGCAGACACACAUGCUCUUCGCUACUUCUUCACUACUCCGCCGCUGCUUGGACGAGCCCGCCGCGCCAAAGCCACAGUUGGUCGACCUGAACCAGCCAGCAGAUGCACCACAGGCCCAAGCAUCUCACAACGAGGCCCAGUCACCACGACCAGAGCCACGAGCAGCAUGGGUCUCACAGCAAUCAACUUCCGCCCAAGCCAUCACUCCCGUUAUCAAGCCAGACGAAAAUGCCACCUCAUCCUUCAGCAGCGGCCUUGAGCUCCCUGAGCACAUGCGCCCAACGAGCAGCGGAUCACACGAUGGCAAGGUCUCGCGGCGGGACAGCGGCGUGCCAAAGGAAGACUCUGAUGCCGGCGGCAGCGAAAUCUUGGACAGAUUGCUGCAGCGUGAGCGGGAGCUCGAGGCUGAGGUCGAAGCACCAUUGCCUGACGCGCAGCAUGACGCGCCGGAGCAAGUUACUUCUGCCCACGAGCCACCAGCUGAGCAGUUCGAGGAGCCUCCUGCCCCGGCCAGCAUCGACGCUGCCACAGGAGCGGAGCCUGAUAGCCGCGAUGGCGCGAAGAACCCCUUCAGCUUCACAGCUGAGCAGAUGGCAGAAGCUGCUAGCUUUGCCGCCAAAGCUACUCGAGGCGGCGAGAAGCCAAAGAGUAGAGGCGGUCCCCCAGGUCGUUUGCAGCAGCGGGCAGCAGUAAUCCAACAGCACAAGAUCCUCAAGGAGCAGCAGAGCCAGAGCGGCUGGAUGUCAAACAUGACAUCGGGUAAAGGCAAGGAGAACGUGACACGACCACUGCAGGCCACUCGACCAUUCACAUUGACGUCGGACAAGAACAAGCCGCCUGUGCCAGCUGUCGGCGGACCAAAGGCAGCACAAAUGCCACUACGACAGACUGCCAAUGGUACAACCCCGAAGUGGAGCGAGAUGGCUACCAUGCUUGGCCAGAACGAGGGCACACCAGCGUCGUCGCCCAUGACCUCUGCUGCCGCAUCACCAGCAGCAAAGUCGACUGGCAAGAUCCCGCCACACAUUCGCAUUCGGGAGGCAAAGGCAAAGGAGGAGGCUGAGAAGGCCAGCGCAAGUGCUGUUCUGCAAGCUCAAGCCGCUGCAGUGGCUGCAGCGAUGUCUCAAGCAUACCCAGCAAACACUGUCAACGAGCAGCAGGAUGAGAAGGUUGCGACUCAUGAUGCUCGUCUUCACGAAAAGGGUCCUUCCUCAUCAGUGCCCGUUGUCGAGCAGCCACUUGAGAAUGCUGUAGCUGUCGAGGACAAGGAGCAGAGCCAGACCGAGGAGCAUGUCAAGAAGCACGGUAUGGUUCGUGAACAACCAGUCAACACAGUGCCCGAAGCAGUGCAGACUGAUGACGAGACCAACGACAUCAAGAAUUCCAGCCCGGCCGUCGGCGAGCAUUCAGGCUAUCAGCAGUGGUCUCAGCAGCAUUCUCAGCGUUCUGAGCCACACUCGCCCUACGUUCAGCGCCUGAGCUUCUACGAGUCGACACCAGACCUUAAGCAGCCAGCACCGAGAUCCAUGUCUGCCGAUCUAUUGAGGGACAUUGAUACCACCUCCGUCCACACGCGGUCAGCUGGACACAAUGCUCAGUGCAAGGGAUGCCACCGCUGGUACGUGACAUCCGACGACUCGAAGCUGUGCGCUCCUUGCUCGGCAGUCCAUGAUCGCAUGCAGGACGGUCAACACGUUGUGUUCGGCGAGCUGCUUACGAAGCCAUCGGCCAAGGUUGAUGUCGAGCAGGCGGAAGAUACCACGGAGCUGGAGAAAGCACUCACCUGCGAGAAGUGCGGCAUGCACGACCAUGGUACAGAGGAUUGCGGUAUCUGCCUCGACUGCGAUCGUCCUGACGGUGAGCCAUGCUCAAAGCACCACGGCACACGUGAUGUGGACGCCAUGGACACCUCAAAGCACUCCAUCGCUGCAGUAACAGGCGCACCAUCUCCAAAGAAAAUUGCUUCAGCGUCUGAACCCGAGAUCGUCAAUGCUGGUCCAUCAGAGAAGAACAUCACUCCCACGCCAGUCUCACGACGUGAAGGCACACCGGCUGACCUCAUCGAGUUCAAGUCGAGCGGUGAGCCUCGUUCCUCACUAUCGUCUGCACCAGAAGCGAAGGUUCAGCCGUCGCCGUGGCAACCAAGAGCGCCGCCGUUCUUUGCUCCAACCUCAUCGGCAAGCAAUUGGCAAGGACAGCCUGGACCAGUCGCUCAACGAAAUGUAUCGCUGCCUCAGAUGCGGCCCUCGAGCCAUGCUGCCACGGCUGUGGACCCAUUCGCACCAGGUCCGUUCCAGACAGACUGGUGGACCAAGCAUAUAUUUGGCGACGUUCAUGCUCAAGCUCUACAGUAUGAGACCCAACACCUCUCUACUCCGGCACCAAAGCCCGUCGCUCCACCCGGUCUUGGAGGACCACAAGCAAGCCGUCAGGCUAGCUUCGAUGCUCUUCUUACACCCGCUGAUCUGUCCAUGCAGAAGCAACGCUCGGGCUAUGACCAAGCUAUUGGAAAGGCUCAGCUUGAGAUACGUCCAGUCGGUGUUCUGAAGCAGUCGGAGACGCUUGGCGGUCUCAAGGACUUCUCCAAGACCUUCAACUUGCCAGAAGCCUUCGCGCGCAAGGUUGUCGAUACCUCCGUGAGUAUUGUUCCUGAGGUUGACGAGACUACCGAGCGUUCAACUCAGGUUUCGGCCGCGGAGGGGACUACUGUGGCAGCUGACAGUGUCGCUCAAGCUCCAGAGGUUGUCACGAAGGAGGAGCAUGCUACGCCUGAGCAGCUCGACUCGGCUGUCGCUGUCACCGCACAAGACUCGGAGCCAGUUCAGAUCGAUCCAGAAGCAGAGAAAGCUAGAGAAGCCAAGAAGCUAGUCAAGAAGCUGCGUUUGGCAAAGGAGACUCAAGAGAAGCAGGUGGAUGGUGCUGUCUUGAUUCCAGACGAGCUUGCAAAGGUGAACAAGAUCAGCGAGCACAUUCAACAACUCGCGGAGCUUGGCUACGACGAGAAUGGCGAGAAGAAGAUCGCUGUUGCAGACGCUGGCGACAGUUCAGGCUCGGACGACACCAAGACAGCCAAGCCAGCGUUGCGGGAUCAGAAGAAGGCUGCACGUGAGGCGCUCAAGGCUGCAUGGGUUGAGCGCGACAUGGCGAGAGCCAGAGUCAUCGGUGACUGGUCAAUGGAGCGUGUCAACGAUCUCAAGGCGUCCAACAGCAAGUACAAUGAGCAUCGUGCUGAGCUUGCCUCACUCAUGGCCGAUGGCAAGCUUCUCUCUGAUGACGCGAAGGUCUUCCCGGAGUUCAACGAUCUCGACUUGAGCGAGCCGAAGCACAAGCCUCAAGGUACAGGUCAGCUGCGUCGUCUCAUCAGAGAGAAGCAGGCCUCGGCCUUGAGCUCUGAGAACGAUGCUGCUACCGCAUCUCCACCACCUGCACCUAAUGCUGAAGUGCAGAACGCAAAGGCAAAGCUAGUCUCCGCCCGCACUCUGCGAGAGCAGGCUCUCGAUUACUUCAAGCAGCCCCAGCCACAGAGCAACGUCCGCUACGACACCUGGAAGGCUGUAGGUGACGGUAAGAUGGCGCGAGCCAACGCUUACUACAAGAAGAAGCGUAACGACUUGGUCGCUCUCUUCCCCAACACUGGUCUACCUGCCGAUCUCGAGGAGGAUUUUCCGGAGAUCUCUUAG